AUGAGUAAUGUUACAGAAAGUAUAAUAAGUAAUAAUGAAACGGUGGUUACAGACACACCAAUAGCAGAACUACCAACUGUUUCUUUACAUGUUACUAAAGUGCUGGCUAUUCUAAUUGUAGCAGUAAUUGUUAUCGGAAUUAUAAUACGAAUAUUACUCUCUACUAUGCAAAAAACAAGAAGAGCCAGGCUAUGUAGAGAAAUGGGGAUUCCUCUUAGUGGGCAGAGUAGAUAUACUAGGCCAGAUGUGGAUGACAUUACAGCGCAUGAUAGAGAUAAUACACUCGUUUAA